AUGAAUGUGAAAAAGCAGCUGUGGUCUCUGGCCCGGAUAGUCCUGCCUGGGGUGGGAUUUGCGUUGACGUGCAUCGGGGCCUACCUGGUGUCCCAGCAGACCGAGUACCAACACACAUGGAAGGUCAUCCCAGGCUAUAUCGUCAUUGUCUUCGGCUUCCUGGCCAUGCUCGUCGGGGUCUUCUGGACCAUCUGCCUCAGCAUGAAGAGUAAGAUAUACCACAGAGGAAGACAUGAACAGCACAUCCACAUCUACACUAUUGAAAGACCAAGCUCCUUUCCUCCAUCAUAUGAGGAGUCCCAGGGAAGCCAAGUCUCUCCUGAUACAGUCCCUGAGACUGUGGUUGUGGUUGACGGAGUGGAUGUUGUCAUGGGUCUCGCUCCUCCGCUGUACAGCCAGGACAGCUCAGAGGCCCCGGACUGCACGUGGAGCUGGGAGCAGCCUCCGAAAUACAGUCAGUUCGAGUGUGUUCAGCAAGAGCAGGGACAGGAACUAACUGUCUGA